AUGCUUUGUGAUACUUUGUCAACUGAAAUUAGAGCUCUGUUGGGUGGAAAGUGCCUCCUUGAAAAUGAGAAGAAAGUAAUUCUGAAAAAGCUAUGUCAAGCAGAUUGGUAUUCAAACAAGACGACAACCAAUACAAAGCAAGAGGAGAAGGGGGAAAUUUCAGGGCAAAGCAAGAAGAAUGGUGAAGGCAGUUUUACAUUAACAGCAGCAUGGUCAAAAAUGAAGCAAACGUCAGGGGAAAUUCCUGAAACUGCUGAAAAGUCAGAUAAGCAGGAUGACAUCAUUGAAAUUUCAAGUAAUCCAAAAUAUGUUGAUGGUGCAA